CGACAUAUUCGACAUAUCUCAUUCACUUUGUAACAUAACUUUGAAUUCAUCAUUUAAUGAAAAAAAUGCAGUAAAAUGUCGAUACCACUGGAAGGAAAGAAGGCUGAAGACGUGGAAGAUUUUGAGGAUUUCGAGGAAUUGUGGGAGAAAUUUUUCAAUAUUGAAUUCACCGGCAAAUUCUUUAGUGUGAGAGGGGUGCGUUUGCCGGAACACUUCACUAAAUUUGCGGAUGAGAUCGAAAAUUUUGAAAUUCGGGAUGAUGACGUGUGGGUCUGCAGUUUUCCCAAAGCUGGGACCACUUGGACACAAGAGAUGGUUUGGUGCCUAGGGAAUGAUCUUAAUUUCGAAGGUGCGAAGGUAGACUUGUUUCAGCGUUUUCCAUUUUUCGAAAAGGCUGCCGUUCUCGAUUACGCAGCCUUCGAAAAAAAAAAUCCUGAAGAAAAAUCAAAAGAAUCUGCAGUGACCAGUUUUGAAUUCUGCGAGUCGCGUGCCUCCCCGAGAUUCAUAAAAACCCAUUUACCCUUUCACCUUCUUCCUCGCGAUCUUCGGGAGAGAAAAACGAAUGCCAAAAUUAUUUACAUCUGGAGAAAUCCCAAGGACACGUGUAUAUCUUUCUUCCAUCAUUCUAAACUCUUGGGAGGGUACCGAGGUGAUUUCGAACUCUUCUGCAGACUGUUUCUAGCUGACAAACUUUUGUGCUGUCCAUACUGGGGCCAUAUUCUGGGAUUUUGGAACAAUCGGAAUGAUCCCCAGCAGAAAAUGUUAUGGCUGAAAUAUGAAGACAUGAAAUCAGACUUACCAUCAAUAAUUCAAAAAACCUCAGAAUUCUUGGGAAAAACUUCACUCUGCCUUUCACCUCCCGAGAACCUGGAUAUCCUCGUGGAUCACCUGAGCUUUUCAAAAAUGAAGGCUAAUCCAGCAGUGAACAAAGAGGGAUGGAUAGCAUACAUCAAACAAUUCGACCUCACCACUGAACCCGGAAAAUUCAUGCGCAGUGGUAAAGUGAAUCAGUGGAAGGCUGUCAUGACCCCCGUAAUGUCCCAGAAAUUUGAUGAAUGGACAGUGAAUCACCUCAAAUUUUCAGACCUCACUCUGUGAAGACAAAAUACAUUGCUCCGGUUCUAGUGGAGAAAAUGAUGAAUACAAGAAACAAAAAAGGAAGAGUCACGGUUUGCCGAUAAUCGUUGAUCAUUACUGGAAUUACUUGCCGCGGGGUCGUUCCAUCUAUUU